UGAGAAACAUCCAUGUUCGUUUAUCUGGAAGCCUUCGGUACCCGAGCUAACCCUAACCCGAGCUAACCCGAGCUAACCCGGUCUAACGCACACGGACACGCGAGUCCAGAGAGGAACCAGGACCAGGUUCCGGUUCGGCUCCACUCACAUCCCCCUAGCGGCGUGUUUCAUACUGGACUCGUUCAGGUUCAUGUUCCUGGAGGAAGAGGACAGUUGGAUGUUAGAAAGACAUUGUGCUGCUGGUGACACGGUGUCCACUGAAGGGACAUGUCCACUGUGCUUGAUGAGACAGCCGCAGAUGUCCCAGUCAGAGACAUGGAUAAGGAUCUGUCCCAACUCACAGCUGCUGUACAAGGACACGAGAACAUGUGUCUGCUGACCGACCCGUGGACCCAACAGGCCCGGACGCGACAGGACAUCUCGCGGGUGUCCAGGGAGGUGCUGGAGGACCGGUUCCUGCACCUCCAUGAUGAGAAUCUGCUCCUAAAAGAGCACAACAACAAACAGGAGGACAAGAUCAAGAAGCUCAGCACCAAGCUGAUGAAGCUGGUGAAGGACAGAGGUCGCAUGGAGAAGCUGGCCGCCGGCGGGGCUCAGCCGGUCUCCAGGGUCCGAGACGUGGAGAUGGAGGAGAUGAUGGAGGAGCUCCAGGAGAAGGUGCGGGGCCUACAGGCAGAGAACGAGGGACUGAAGCAGCGUCUUCUCGUGGCCAAGCAUCAGCUCAUCAACGUGCAGAGCAAGAGGCCAUCGCCGUACAGACACGUCCAGUCACGGGUCAACACCGGACUGAAGAAGUUGACCGAUGACACGUCGCCGCCCUCCCCGCCUCGACCCAGAACUGCGAGGAACCUGGAGGGAGGAGGGCGGCCUCCGAGCGGCCAGCUGCCGCGACACGGACACAGUCUGCUGGAGGAGUCGAGGGCCGAGAGCCGCAACCUAGAGAAGGUGAUUGAGACUCAGCGGAGCCACAUGGAGGAGAUGGAGGGCGAGUUGGAGCAGCUGUGGAAGAAAGAGGCCGAAUACGAGGAGAGACUCCUGCAGGUCCGACAGCAGCAGACCAACAAACUGAGGUCACAUGUCAACGACAACACCACGAUGAUCAAACUGCAGAAGCAGCUGGUCGACAGGUCCCACGCAGUGACCGAGCUGGAGGCUCGAUUCCUACAACUACAAGAGAGUCAGCGGAUGCUGAAGGCCAGCUACGACGCGGCGAUGCUGAAGGUGGACGAGCUCAUGGCUCAGCUGAAAGACGAGAGGCUGAAGAGUCUGGAGAUGGAGAAAUGGCAGCAGAGCUCCAACUCAUCCAAGAUCGGGAUGGAGCAGCUGCAGCAGCAGAUCGGUGAAGUUCAGCAGGAGAGAGACGAGCUGAGGGAGAACAACGAGAAGCUGCUGAGCAGCGCUUUCGACGUAUCUCAGCAACAAAAAUGGCAGAUCCAGGAGCAGCAGCUGAAGUUACAGAUCGCACAGCUGGAGACGGCGCUGAAGGCCGACCUGGUCGACAAGAACCAGAUCCUCGACAACAUCAAGGCUGAGAGGGAUAUAAAUGAGAAGCUGACAGAAGAAAACAAGAAGCUUCAGAUCCAGGUUCUGGAGCAGAAGCAACAAGCAGAGGAUCUCAGGGACCGUGUGACGCCCCCCCGCAGGGAGAACGAUGAGGCUGAACUCACUGAGGCUCUUCUUCUCAUUCAAAAGCGUAAGGCUGAGCGGAGCAGUGAGCUGGGCUUCCUGGGGGAGGCGGUGGAGGGAGGGAGCAGCUCCAUCCAGGAGCUUCGAGCCGCUCACGCAGAAACCAUCCAGGAGCUGGAGAAGACCAGAAACAUCCUGAGCACGGAGAGCAAAAUCAGCAACAACUACAAGGUGGAGCUGGAAGCUGUUGAACGGAAGUUGAACAGGGACAAAGAGGAGUUCGAGCAGAAGCUGGAACGUCAGGCGCAGCUGCUCGACAUGAGAAAAGCGAAGAUCAAGAAAUUGGAAGCUCAGCUGAGAGACACUGCCUACGGCACCAAAACCUAUGUCUUCCAUCCAGACGUCCCGGACGAGGAUCAGGCAGAGGAAGCUCUUCACCUGGAGCAUGGAGAGAACCUGCUGGAGCUUCAGAUCGUCAGUGCCUCGCUGUCUCCCUCGGCCCUGGGUCUUCUGGGCGACGGCGGGUUCUCCACCUUCUGCACUUACACCUUCUAUCUGUUUGAGCCACAUUCCACUCCGGUGCUGACGGGCCAUACGCCGAAAUACGGUUUCACGUCCAAGUACGUGGUGAGCGUGGAUGAUCGCUUCCUCGACUACCUCCAUAGAUGCUCUGUCACCGUGGAGCUGCACCAGGCGCUGGGCCUGGACUGGAGGACGCUGGCCAGGGGACAGCUUCGCCUGCAGCAGCUGCUGGAGCAGGACGGGAAGGUUCACGGGAGCGUGCCGCUGGUCGCUUCCUCUGGUGGGCUGACGUCUGUGGGCUCGGUGGACUACUGGCUGAAGCUGAGGAUUCCCAUGACAGAAACCAUCCGCCUGUUUAAAGAGAGGCUGAAGCCUGUGGGCUGCAUCAACACUGCACUGCAGGAAGAAGCACAGCUGCAGCCGUCCAUCAGUAGCUGGAACGAUCUGUCCAUCUCCGUGGGUCGCUGUGGAGACCUGAGGUCCGGAGGCUCCCAGCAGCCGAGUCCCUACGUGGUCUACAGGUUCUUCGACUUCUCUGACCACCCCACUGCCAUGGUUCCCGACAGCUGCGAGCCCAACUUCAACGACCUCCACUCCUUCUCUGUGCUGACGGACGUGGUUCUGGACCAGUACCUGAGGUCUGAGCAGCUGCAGUUCUACGUGUUCGACUACAGGGAGCAGCAGAUGGACACGUACCUGGGGAAGGCCGGAGUUCAUCUGCUGCCAUUGGCUCAGGACGAGGUCAUCUCAGGAGUGUUCGAGCUGAGCGAUCCCUCUGGACUCGCUGCCGGACACAUUGAAGUGACCCUGAAGUGGAAGUCUGCUUACCGCCCUCCAUCAGGCUCCAUCACGACCACUGAGCACUCGGUCCCUGGAGAGAAGUCCGUAGAGGAAGCUGAGCGGAGAAGAGAGCGAGGUUUGGAAGAAGAGAGGAACGAUGUGGAGGGGACGCUGCAGGAGGAGCAGGAAGCUGAACUUUGUCUUCGUCCCUCCCCGUCUCUGCCUGAUAAUUCUGCCUCGAAGGUUCUGCUGCCGAAACUCCGACAGAAGAAACGAGUGAAGGACGAACUCGCUGCCAAAAAAGUCUCCUUCAUGGAUCCUUCAGCUGCAGAGGAUCAGGUGGACACUGGUCUGCAGCAGGACGAGGACACACACUGUCCCAGUGUCUCGGAGGGACAGCUGCUUCCGGCCUCUCAGUCCGUCUCUGAUGAUUCUGAAAUCUCUGAGGAAAUCAUCAAAGAUGUGGAAGCAGCCGAACAGGAUCAGAGCCAAUCAGAUCGCUCCGACAGCGAUGACUGUGUAGUUCACGUCUCGGCCUCAGGGAGGCAGCCCUCGGAGCGAGUGCGGGUGGAGGUGGUGUCUCUGAGCCUGAGGGCGGAGUCUCGUGUGGCGAUGGACAGCAGCGUGGUGCGUCUCUUUGUGGAGUACUGUCUCCUGGAUCUGCCCACAGAGGAGACGCCAGUGUCUCUCCCCAAACCCCCGCGGGGCAAGAGCCUCAGCUUCAACCACAGCAAAGUGGUUCCUGUGGACGCUGAGAACAACGGGCCGAGGCGGCGGCUGCUGAGGGCCGUCCUGCAGGGGCGACGGCCUGAGAUGGAGAGAAUCAAAUUCACGGUGGUGAGUGAACCUCCAGAGGAGGAGGAGCAGGAGAGGGAGUGUGAGGACGUGGGCGUGGCCUUCGUGAGGAUCCCCGAGAUCCUGGAGAGACGAAGAGACCUGAUGGAGACAACACUCCCAGUGGUGGAUGUUGUCGACAGCUCUCAGGUUGUCGGCAGUCUCGUUGUGUCAGUUGAAGGACUAGAGGCUCUCCAGGCCGUCAUGGAGGACCAGGACCAGGACCAGGACCAGGACCCUGUCUCCUUCCUGCUUCCACCGUUAGCGUGACUAAACACAAUUGUGAAGCAGCUGGUGAAGUACAACAAUUAUGUUGUCAUGUGUUUGUGCAGCAGAUCUGAAAGGUCACGACCUCAGCGCUGCUCAGAUCCAGCUGAAACUGCUGGAGUGGUAUUUGGAUGUAAAGCGCCACCAUGUGGACGUCACUGGAACGCCACAGGACUCCGUGUGUGUAUCGUUAAAAAUGUCAAUAUGUACAGUUGAUCAAAAUCAAUAAAAAUUAUGAUUUAAUAAUUGAA